AUGAAGACGAUCAUAGGGAGAGUGGUGUUACUCAAGAAAAAUGUGUUGGAUAUCAUCGACUUGAGUGCAUCGGUUCUGGAUCGACUUCAUGAGCUUGUGGGGAAAAACGUCACUCUGCAACUUAUCAGUUCUCAUGGUUUUGAUAAUCAAUCCCCAGAAAAGAACUUGAAAGGGAAGGUAGGGAAGCCAGCUAGGUUGGAAGAUUGGAUUACCACUAUUACCCCUCUGACAGAUGGAGAAUCCACGUAUAAAGUAACAUUUGAAUGGGAUGAAGAUACAGAAGUGCCUGGGGCAUUUCUUGUCCAGAAUCAUCACCACAGUGAAUUUUACCUCAAAACACUUACACUUGAAGAUGUUCCUGGCCAUGGACAUGUACAUUUUGUCUGUAACUCGUGGGUUUACCCUACAAAACGCUACAAAAAGGAUCGUAUUUUCUUCACCAAUAAGGCAUAUCUUCCUGGUGAGACACCUGAAUUUCUACGUUCAUAUAGAGAUGAAGAGUUGGAAAUCUUGCGAGGGGAUGGAACUGGGAUGCUUGAAGAAUGGGAUAGGGUUUACGACUAUGCUUUCUAUAACGACUUGGGAAAUCCCGAUAAAGACCUUAAUGAUGCACGCCCAGUUCUUGGAGGAUCUUCAGAGUACCCAUAUCCUCGUAGGGGUAGAACAGGAAGACCACCCACCAACUCAGAUCCUAAGACGGAGAGUAGGCUUCCACUUCUUAUGAGCUUAAACAUAUAUGUGCCAAGAGAUGAAAGAUUUGGACACUUGAAGUUGUCUGAUUUUCUUGCUUAUGGUCUAAAAUCCAUCGUUCAGUUCCUCCUCCCCGAGUUUCAAGCUCUAUGUGAUACCACCCAUGAUGAAUUUGACUCGUUUGAAGAUAUCUACAAGCUUUAUGAAGGAGGAUUCAAGCUUCCUGGAGGUCCUUUACUUGAUCGUAUUCGAGAAAACAUCCCCUUAGAAUUGCUGAAAAUAGUUCUUGAAACAGAUAGUGAUGGAAUUGCAAAAUUUCCGAAACCACAAGUCAUUAAAGAGGACAAGUCAGCUUGGAGGACAGAUGAAGAAUUUGCAAGAGAAAUGCUGGCUGGAGUCAAUCCUGUUAAAAUCUGUCUUUUAAAAGAGUUCCCUCCAACAAGCAAGCUGGACGUCCAUAUUUAUGGCAAUCAAAAUAGUUCGAUAAAACCACACCACAUCGAGAAAAACCUAAAUGGGUUAAAAGUAGAUGAGGUUUUGAAAGCAAAUAGGUUAUUCAUACUGGAUCAUCAUGACUCAUUGAUGCCAUACUUGAGGCGAAUAAAUGCAACCACGAACAAGAUUUAUGCAUCAAGAACUUUGCUCCUGCUACAAAAUUAUGGAACUUUAAAACCAUUAGUAAUCGAGUUAAGCUUACCCCAUCCUGAUGGAGAUAAUCUUGGUGCCAUUAACAAUGUUUACACCCCUGCUGAAAAUGGAGUGGAAGGCUCCAUCUGGCAGUUGCAUACCCAUGCAGUUGUUGAGCCAUUCGUGAUUGCUGCAAAUAGGCAACUUAGCGUACUCCACCCUGUUUAUAAGCUUCUCUACCCUCAUUUCCGUGAUACCAUGAAUAUCAAUGCAUUCGCUAGGCAGAUAUUGAUCAACGGUGGAGGCAUCCUUGAACUAACUGUAUUUCCUGGAAAAUAUUCUAUGGAAUUGUCUUCGGUGUUGUAUAAGGAUUGGGUUUUUCCUGAACAAGCACUUCCAGUGGAUCUUGUCAAGAGGGGAAUGGCGGUUGAGGACUCAGAUUCUCAUCAUGGACUUCGCCUACUAAUCGAUGAUUAUCCAUAUGCGGUUGAUGGACUUGAGAUUUGGUCCGCUAUCAAAUCUUGGGUUGAGGAUUACUGUAAAUUCUACUACAAGAACGAUGAUAUGAUUCAAAAUGACACAGAGCUUCAAUCAUGGUGGAAGGAACUACGUGAAGAGGGACAUGGUGACAAGAAACACGAGCCAUGGUGGCCUAAAAUGGAUUCUUGUCAAGAACUGAUAAACAUCUGCACUACAUUCAUAUGGGUGGCUUCUGCUCUUCAUGCCUCUGUAAAUUAUGGGCAAUACCCUUAUGCUGGUUAUCUCCCUAAUCGUCCAACUCUAAGCCGUAGGUUUAUGCCAGAACCAAAUACUCCUGAGUAUGAUGAACUUAAAGAGAAUCCUGAUGAUGUUUUCUUGAAAACCAUUACUCCUCAACUACAAACGCUUCUUGGGAUAGCGCUGAUAGAGUUAUUGUCAAGGCAUUCAUCGGAUGAGGUUUACCUUGGACAAAGAGAGUGUCCUGAGUGGACAAUGGAUGCAGAACCUUUGAAGGCAUUUGAGAAAUUUGGGAAGAAGCUGAAAGAUAUCGAGGAAAAGAUUGUAAAAAUGAACAAUGAUGAAAAGUUGAAGAACAGGAUUGGACCAGUUAACGUACCAUAUACCCUACUAUACCCAACGAGCGAAGAGGGACUUACUGGGAAGGGAAUUCCUAAUAGUACGUCCAUGUGAGAUGGAUUUAGCAGUAUGUUUAUAACAUUUGAUUGAAUAACAAAAGGAAAAUCGGACCAUGUCUCGAUUAUAGUAUUUUGUUAGCUAAUUGCUUUCAUCUCGUUUGUUGGUGUGAACUCUAUUUGU